AUGAGCGGCGGCGGCGGCGGCGCGGGGGGUGGGAAGGGGGCGGCGGCCGCGGGGCCCGUCCCGCAGGCCUCCAAGAAGCUGGUGCAGGGCCUCAAGGAGAUCGUGAACCGCCCGGAGGCCGAGAUCUACGCGGCCCUGCGCGAGUGCGGCAUGGACCCCGACGAGGCCGUCAGCCGCCUCCUCUCCCAAGAUACCUUUCAAGAGGUAAAGAGCAAGCGUGAUAAGAAAAAAGAGGUUAAAGAGACUCCUGAGCCAAGGUCUCGAGCGGCAAAUAGUGCUACCAGUCGAGGAGUAAGAGGUGUCCCAGAUCGAGGUGGACGAAACAGCUCUGUUCACCACAGCUCCACUGAUAAUAUGACUUCGAGGUCAUCAGUCUCCGGACCUGGUAUGCCAUCAACCAAUUCCACUCAGAAGCAAACAGUUCCAAGUUCUUCCGUGAACAAAAAUCUGGUCUCUGAUGCACCAUCAGUACCACCGCAAACAUCAUCUGGUUUUCAGCACGGUUGGGCUGGGACGCCAGGUCAGCUGUCAAUGGCCGAUAUUGUGAAAAUGGGCAGGCCACAGGCUCAGGGGAAGCCUUCUACCAAGACUGUGGUCACAGCGGACAAAGGAUACGCCGGACAAUAUCCAUCUUUGCCCAGCACCGUGAACCAGAAUAUAAAACAAUCUGCAAGCACAGUUCCACCAACAGAGCUUGACCAGGGGUUACCUUCUGCACAAAAUUCUGUUCUUGUUAAGGACAACAUUCACACAGCUGCUGCUAACAAGCAGAACUAUGAUAAUGAUUGGUCUCUGCAGGAUGAGCCACUAUCAGGAAAUCAACCAUCACUCCCUGAGACAUCCGGUGAUCCAUCAUUAUACGAGGCACCAUUGCAUCCAUCUUCGCUUGUUGCCGAUGUGGUUUACUCACAUGAGAAAUCUUAUUUGGAUGAAAACAUCUCGGCUGCAGUGAGAUCAGUGAACUCUUCUGAGAGACCCCUGGAUCAUUAUGGAGGGAAUUCUGAAUAUAAUGAUGGAUUAUUGCAGAACUCAAGUACCUAUCUACCUCAGACGCAUUCUCACAUAGAGGACCAAGAUGAGGAGUCCAAUGCCGACGUAUCAGCCGCAGCAAAUUUUCAGGGUCUGAGCCUACAUGACGAAGAGUUAGCUGCAACAAAGUUUGCUGAAGAUAAUCCAGCAGUUAUAAUUCCAGAUCAUCUGCAAGUUGCGAACUCAGGCUGUGCUGGAUUGAGCUUUGGCAGUUUUGAAUCUGGUGCAUUUUCUGGGCUCCUCCCACAAAAGAGCGCGGACAACAAUUCGGAGUUUCCUGCCGUGGAGGAAUCUGAAGCUGUAGAUCAUACAGAUACAAGGGAUCAAGAUUUCUAUGAAAUUGAUGCAGUGAAUCCGUCAGCAAAUGAGAACCUUGAGGACAUUAUGGGAGCUAACGCAGGGAAUCUUGAUGUACCUUCUGUUCCACAGACUGAUGUCCUGAGACAGGAGAUACUGGAUGAUCCUUCGGGUGUUCAAUAUAAUCUGCCAUCAGUCUCAAGCCACCACACAUAUUCGAACCCAGCACAGCCAAAUUCAAUGGAGGCCAUGCAAGGAAGUAACCAAGCACAGACUCUUCAACAUCUGUCAAGCUUGCUGCAAGCAAAUACAUUACAGCACAACCUGUUGGGGUCAAAUAUGCCACCUCUUCGGGACUUGGAUUUCGGUUUAUCACCUUUGUUGGCAGCACAGUCGAUGGGUACAAGAUAUAACUCAGGUGCACCAACUACUACUGGACAAGCCAUCUCCAUGCAGGAGCCUCUGAAAUCAGGAGUUUUCUCGAACACUCAAUCUACACAAAACCUUCCAAGUGCCAGUAUUCAGACAGGCCCCCCUCUCCCUCAGCAAUUAGUCCAUCCUUACUCUCAGCCAACUUUACCUAUUGGACCUUUCGCAAAUAUGAUUGGCUACAACCCAUACUUGGCGCAAAACUAUCCUGCUUACCUACCAUCAACCGCCUUCCAGCAAUACUCGAGUAAUGGACAGUUCCAUCAGUCUGCCACUGCUGUACCUGGAGCUGGCAUGAAGUACUCGAUGCCACAAUACAAGAAUAACUUGUCAGAUACAAACUUGCAACAGCAACAACAACAACCUUCAUCAGUCAUAUCUGGUUAUGGAGGCUUUGGAACCUCAAGUAACUUACCGGCAAAUUUCGCCCUUAACCAGAGUGCUACCCCUGCAGCAACUAAUCCUUUUGAUGAAGUUAUGAGCGCUCAGUACAAAGCUGCCAAUCAAUAUAUGGCUGCUCUCCAGCAGCAGCAGCAGCAGCAGGUACAGGGAGAUAACUCUGCGAUGUGGCAUCAUGGUGCUGGUUCAAGAACAGCAUCAGCACUCCCUCCUACCCAAUUCUAUGGCUACCAGGGACAGAGUCAGCAGCAGGGUGGCUUUCGCCAGGCGCAGCAGCCCCAGCAGCCCUCCCAGUUUGGGGGCCAUGGGUACCCCGCGUUCUACCAUUCCCAGGGCGGCAUGACCCAGGAGCACCACCCCCAGAACCCGGCUGAGGGAAGCUUGAACGGCUACCAGGCGGCGCCAUCGCAGCAGCCAUCUCACCAGAGCUGGCAGCAGCACACCAACUACUGAGCCCCCUGCAAUCUUGUUAUGGUGGCGGGCCAAGUUGGGCUUCCCUGCGUUUGUGUCCCCUACUCGCUGUGGAGUAAAGCAGCUCGGAGUAGCUGAGCUUGUGGCUCGAGCGCUGAGGAGAGGGGUCCACGUCUCUGGCAGAGCGUUUAACAUGUCGCGAGUGUUGUGUGUCGUUGGACUGACGAUGGGUCGUGAUUUGUUUUUGGUUUCGUUAUAUGUGCGGAGCAACAGUCCUGUAACUCUUGAGAACCUAGUUACCUAACAGCUUCCAUUUCUGAUUUUUUUCUAAAAUCGUCUUUGUGCUGA